CCUGUAAAAAGUAACAAUGACGAACAAAUAUGCCGAAACCAGUAUACUGGCUUUUUCACUUGGUUCAAGCACAGUAUUUUUGAAAUUUGUGUGUGUGUAUAUAAUUGGAUUUCAAAAUAUUUCCUUAACAACAUGGUUGUUUGUCUGUUCCAUUGUCGGCGCUCUGUUUAUUACAGGACUGUAUCUAACAGUAAAAGAAAAAAAAUAUUUUGAGGUUGCAAUAAGAGGUGGAGCACUUGGGUUUGCCUUCGGAAUAGGUUUUCAUCUGACAUCAAGUGAGACAUUCAUGUUUUUUGGAUAUUAUUUUAUGGCACUGACAUUUUUCCAUUUCUCAGAAUAUUUUACGACAGCAGUAGCUAAUCCAAAGUCACUUACAUUAGCCUCGUUCUUGUUGGACCAUAGCAGAGAAUACACUAUGGCAGCUGUUGCUAGUUGGGUUGAGUUUAUGAUUGAACUGUAUUUUUUUCCAGGUUUGAAGCAUAUCCAUUUAAUAAGCAUAAUAGGUUUAAUGUUAGUGGUAUUCGGUGAAAUAGUACGUAAAGGAAGUAUGUUCACAGCCAAAUCAAAUUUUAAUCAUUACGUACAGUAUGUAAGGAGACCAGGGCAUGAGUUAGUUACUAAUGGUGUGUACUCAUGGUGUAGACAUCCAUCCUAUGUAGGCUGGUUUUAUUGGAGUAUAGGCACACAGCUAAUUUUAUGUAACCCUCUGUGUUUGGUGGCCUAUACAGUUGUUUCAUGGAAAUUCUUUAAUGAGAGAAUUCAAGAAGAAGAGAUCUACUUAUUGAACUUUUUCGGAGAAGAUUAUGUAGACUACAAGAAGAAUGUAAGAACUGGUUUACCAUUUAUUACUGGUUACCAAGGGCAUUACUCAUAGAGCAUUGUAGAAGUAGAUGUUACAAAGUAAUUUGUACUGUUUGUUGUGAUGGGUAUUUUUAAAGCUUUAUUAUAUGACAAUCUAAACAGAUAAGAUAAAACAAACAUGAGGUCAUAUACAUGUAACAAUCAAUCUAAGGUCAAUAAACUGCUUCGCUGAGCGCAGCUGGAUACGCCCGCAGAGGUCCAACCCUGAACAGUUGGGGCAAAAAUGGACACAAUAUUCAAGCUUGAUACAGGUCUGAAUUUGGAUUGUAAUUAAAUAUUUGACAUAAAGGUUUCUGAAUAAAUGUAGUCAAAGAACUUGAAAUUGGUUAUAUGAAUUGAAUUUAUAUUCAAUUAAAGAUUUCUUGCUGUUGUGCAAUACACUAUGCUGUUGCGCAAAACUUAGUAAAUCUGUUGUCAGACUAUAAACAAAUAAAUUUAAUAAAAUUCUAAAGGGAGCUUACAUCAAUAGAUAUAAUCAAUUCACCAAAGUUUCAUAAGAAUUGUUGAAACUAUUUUUGAGUUAUUGUCUGAAAACUGGAAAAUCCUCCCUUUCUUAAUGAAUAAAACCCCACAACUCGGAAAUGUAAUAUCU